AUGGCUCUUACCCGCGCGUCCGUAGCAGUCGGCCGCAUGCAAGCUGCAUCGCGCUGUCCCUUCAUGCACGCGCUGCCCACUGCUCGCGCUGCUUUGCUACCGAAUAUCUCACAGCUAGCGAAAAUGUGUCCGCAUAUGUCGUCUGUCAUGGCCGCAGCGCACGCUGGGGGAUCUAAGUGCUCGCAGGCACACGCGACUUCGACAACAUCUGAUGCAACUUCCAAGCGCAUUGCUGAUCUCAAGAAAAAGGCUAUGCAGCAAAAGUCAACGAAGCUUGGCUGUCCCAAACCUUACUCGUCCGCCAUUGCGAGGUUUCCAACUGCCCCAACGCGUCAAAUGCGCAUGGGCGGUCUUUCGGCCUCACAAUAUGAAAAUGGGUUUGCGCAGACAAUUGAAACUAUCAAACGUGAAGGGCGCUACCGUCUGUUUGCUGACUUAGAGCGCAAAAGAGGAGAAUUUCCGCGUGCCACACAUCAUGAAGACACUGGCAAGACAAAAGAGGUUGUUGCCUGGUGUUCGAAUGACUACCUAAGCAUGGGUCAGCACCCAAAAGUUAUUUCGGCCAUGCAGAAGUAUCUUUUAAAAUCGGGAGCCGGGUCUGGAGGGACACGUAACAUAUCUGGUACCAAUCACAACCAUGUACUUCUCGAAAGAGAUUUGGCUGACCUUCACCAACAAGAAGCUGCUUUGCUAUUUACCUCGUGCUAUGUUGCUAACGACAGUGUGAUUAGCACACUGACUAAAAUAUUUCCGGAUCUCAUCAUGUUUUCAGACAGUCUAAAUCACGCCUCUAUGAUACAAGGAAUUCGUAAUAGUGGCGCUAAGAAGUUCAUUUACAAGCACAACGACAUGGCAGAUCUUGAAGAGAAGCUCAGAAUGGCUGACCCUAACGCUCCCAAGCUUAUUCUUUUUGAGAGCGUCAACUCAAUGGAAGGCACGGUAGCUCCGCUGCACGAGAUUUGCGAUCUAGCAGACAAAUAUGGUGCCAUGACGUUUAAUGAUGAGGUUCACGCGGUGGGACUAUAUGGAAAUCGCGGUGCUGGCGUUGCUGAGCGUGACCAUUGCCUUGACCGGAUCACAAUGGUUACUGGUACUCUUGCAAAGGGUUUUGGUAUCAUGGGGGGCUACGUGGCAGGCAACGCUGCGCUGGUGGAUGCAAUGCGCUCGUGUGCUGCAGGUUUUAUUUUCAGCUCGUCAAUGCCCCCAAUGCUUGCUGCUGGUGCUCGUGCCUCAGUAAAUCACUUAAAGGAGAGCCACGUGGAGCGUGUGUCGAUGCACGCGCGCUCACACGAAUUGAAGAUGAAGCUAGUGGAUGCAGGCUUUCCUUUGCUACCAAGUGUAAGCCACAUCAUUCCACUCAUGGUAUGCGACGCUGUGAAAGUGAAGGAGGCCUCUCGUAUUCUUAUGGAGAAAUAUCACAUCUACGUACAGCCGAUCAACUUUCCUACUGUGCCCCGUGGUGAGGAGCGUUUGCGUCUGACACCGCUGCCAACCCAUACGGAUGCUAUGGUGGAGGACCUUUUGGCUGCGCUUGAAGAUGUUUGGACUUUGCUUGAUCUACCGCGCCGUUUUGUGCCGAAAGGUGAGUAUCUUCCAAAGGUGGAGUGGACCAAUUCGCCGCUUCAAAUUGCUGGCGAAAUUUUGUUGAUGCCUGCGGAAGAGGCUGCAUGCGCUGCCUAA